ACCCUUCUUGUCCCCUUCCCUCAACCCGGAAACUGGACGGGCUGACACAGCAAGAGCUAAAAGCCUGGCCAGCCUGGGGCCUGGGGCAGGCAGACAGAAGGAAAGGGGACAGGUGGAGCAGUAUGUCAGGUGGCAGAGGUGCCAGGUGGACAGUGGGAGGGCUGGCUGGCACAGUGGCGGGCAGGUAGGUGGACAGAGAGAUUGCCGAGAGGCAGACGAGACAGGCUGAGCCCACAGGACUCGGCAGACAGACACAAGACCCUAGAGGUGGCCACCAUGAGACUUGGUGUCUUUUCGUUCCUGUGUGCUCUUGGUUUCAGCUGGGCAGACAAAGAGAAGAUCUUCAAUGGCAUCGAGUGCAUCCCUAACUCCCAGCCCUGGCAGGUGGGGCUGUUUGAGGGCACCAGCCUGCGCUGUGGGGGGGUCCUCAUCGACCCUCAGUGGGUGCUCACUGUGGCUCACUGCAGCAGCAGCAGGUACUGGGUGCGCCUGGGGGAGCACAGCCUCAGCAGGCUGGACUGGACGGAGCAGAUCCGGCGCAGCGGCCUCUCUGUGACCCAUCCCGGCUACCAAGGAGCACUGGGGAGCCACGAGCAUGACCUCCGGCUCCUGAAGCUUCGCACACCUGCCCGCCUGACACGCAGCGUCCAGCCGCUGGCCCUGCCCAGCACCUGCGCAGCAGCCGGCACCAACUGCCACAUCUCGGGCUGGGGCACCACCAAUCGACCGUGGGAUCCAUUCCCAGACCGACUCCAGUGCCUCAAUCUCUCCAUUGUCUCUGCUGACUCCUGUCAAGCUGUAUUCCCCGGCAGAAUCACAGAGAACAUGGUGUGUGCGGGCGGUGUGGCUGGGAAGGAUGCCUGCCAGGGAGACUCUGGAGGCCCGCUGGUGUGUGGGGGAGUCCUUCAAGGUCUAGUGUCCUGGGGAUCUGUGGGCCCUUGUGGGCAAAAAGGCAUCCCGGGAGUCUACACCUUUGUGUGCAAAUAUGUGGACUGGAUCCGGAGGAUCAUGAGGAACAACUGAGCCGCUUCCUCCAUCCUUACCCUUUGACCCCGGUGACCCUCAGCACCGAUACCUCCUCCUCCCUCGCCAAGCCCACACUGGUUGGUUUGGGGACCCUCUUGGAACUCUUCCAGCCACCCCUUCUGAGACCCAUGACGGGGUGGGAAGUCUGUGUGGAAUAAAGGUACCAGAACCAAA